AGUCCCGGAAGCCACUAGCUGAAAACGAUGCCUCCCUUGAACAGAUUGUUUUCCCUGACUUCCCUGGUGCUCGUCUACUGGGUCAGUGUCUGCUUCCCUGUGUGUGUGGAGGUGCCCUCAGAGACGGAGGCUGUUCAGGGCGAACACAUGAAGCUUCGCUGCAUCUCCUGUAUGAAGAGGGAGGAGGUGGAGGCAACCACGGUGGUGGAAUGGUUCUACAAGCCUGAGGGUGGUAAAGAUUUCCUUAUCUACGAGUAUCGAAAUGGCCAUCAGGAGGUGGAGAGUCCCUUCCAGGGACGCCUGAAGUGGAAUGGGAGCAAGGAUCUGCAGGAUGUGUCUAUCACUGUGCUCAACGUCACCCUGAAUGACUCCGGCCUCUAUACCUGCAAUGUGUCCCGGAAAUUUGAGUUUGAGGCACAUCGUCCCUUUGUGAAGACUUCGAAGCUUAUUCCCCUCCGUGUCACUGAGGAGGCUGGAGAGGACUUCACCUCUGUGGUCUCAGAAAUCAUGAUGUACAUCCUUCUCGUCUUCCUCACCUUGUGGCUGCUCAUCGAGAUGGUAUAUUGUUACAGGAAGGUCUCAAAAGCUGAAGAGGCAGCCCAAGAAAAUGCAUCUGACUACCUUGCCAUCCCGUCAGAGAACAAAGAGAACUCUGCAGUGCCAGUGGAGGAAUAGAAGAGAGGAGGCGGCUUGAGGUG